GCAGUCUGAUAACUUACAGGCUGUAAGCUGCCCUUAUAAACUUGUUCCACUUUUGCAUACUUCCUCAUACUGCUAGCUUCUCUGUGAAGAUGAAGCUGCUUACUUACUUAGUCUUGCUGAAGACAGCUCUCCUUGCUUUAACAAAUGUCUUUGCAGUUGCUUUAGAAGAUGAAGAGGAAGCUAAAGAGAAAAAAGUUGCUGAGACUUGUCCUAUAAAGCUCAAAACUAAUCAGAAGUGUGAUGGAGAGGAUUGUCCCUAUCAGAUAAAUCUGCCUUCGAUGACCAUCCAGUUACCUAAAGAAUUCAGACUGUUUGAGAAGACUCUCAAAGAAGUACAGACCCUUAAAGAAGCAGUAAACAAGCUGAAGAAAUGCUGCCAAGACUGCAAGCUGCAGGCAGAUGACAACCAAGAAAGAGACAGUAGUAAUGAAUUUCUGCUACCCAGUGCAGAAACUCCCUCAGAAAACAGCAAAAUCCAAGAUAACAGAGUAAAGGAGCUGCAAAGCAAAGUUAACAGAAUGGCAACCAGCUUAAAAAAUGCAAAGAGCCAGAUCCAGACACUGCAGGGUCAUGUAGAGAAGAUGAGCCUCAUAAAUAUGAACAAUGUUAAACAUUAUGUUGACAACCAAGUUGCUAAUUUGACAUUUGUCGUUAACAACCUUGAUAACAAAUGUUCUUCUAAAUGUCCAGCAAUGCAGCCAAGACCUGUUAUACAAAUAAUGCAGAGAGACUGUGCUGAUCAUUACAUGGCAGGCAGAAGAAGUAAUGGGCUCUACAGGAUUAGCCCUGAUCCCAGAAAUGCUAGCUUUGAGGUUUACUGUGACAUGCAGACACAAGGAGGCGGCUGGACAGUACUGCAGCGGCGUCAGGAUGGCAGCACUAACUUCAACAGAACCUGGAAUGACUACAAAAAUGGCUUUGGAAACCUCAGCAGGGAGUUUUGGCUGGGGAACGACAAAAUACAUCUCCUGACAAAGAGCCAGGAAAUGCAACUGAGAAUUGAACUUGAAGAUUUUGAUGGUAUCAGGGAGUACGCAAGAUAUGACCACUUCUAUGUGGCCAAUGAAUACCUCAAGUACCGGCUGAGUGUUAACGGCUACAGUGGCACAGCCGGGGAUGCCCUGCACUACAGCAGGCAUUACAACCAUGACCAGAAGUUCUUCACAACUCCAGACAAGGACAAUGACAGGUAUCCUUCAGGAAACUGUGGAGCAUACUACAGUUCAGGCUGGUGGUUUGAUGCGUGCUUGUCUGCCAACCUCAAUGGCAAAUACUACCACAAGAAAUACAAAGGUGUCCGCAAUGGCAUUUUCUGGGGUACAUGGCAUGGUAUUUCUGAUGGUAUUCCCAGUGGAUACAGGCAAGCCUUUAAAUCAGUAAAAAUCAUGAUCAGACCAAAAAGCUUUGUGCAGUAAUUCCAUACCUUUCUCUUAACUAGUUUUCAUUGGAUUGCACUCAAAAUCAUACUUACUCAGUAUUAGAAUUCAAGUAUUCAGUAAUGUUUGGCAUAAAAGAGCUCUAGACUAAACAGCAUCCUGCCCAUACUCUUUUAGAGAUGGUCUGACCCAUACCAUGUAUUAAAACCAGCAUGAAUGUUUCUAAAUAGUUUCUGCUAAAACUUUGCACAGGUUGAGUCUUGAUAUCCUUAUGUAAAUAUUCUAAACACUGCUUUUGGUGCUUUUACUGACUGUGAUAUACCAGUUUUCACCAUUUCAAAGUUACAUCAUGGCAACAUCAGUAUCAUUAAGUACUGCAAAUAAUUAUUUUUAAAAGACUAGGAGAGAGAAGGCCACAUGAUCUGCUCAAUCACACACACACAAUAAAAACACUUUGAAGAAAACUUAGAAAAUGAAGAUGAGUCCUCAAACAUUAUCUCUUUUAUCAAAGAUCAUUCAAAGAAGUUGGUGAAGGAAUUGAAUAAAUGCAAGUGGAAAUAACGUAGAGAGUAUGUAAUGAAAGACAACAGCUCUUGCUCAUGUUGGGUCCUCCACUCAGGCUCAAAGUUGUAAUGUCAUUUGUAGAAGAAAGCAGCUGUUAUGUAGUUUAUUGCACAAUUCUGUGGGCAGAUAGACAGGUAGGAAGAAGACACAUCAAGAAGAAUCCAU